GUUUGGCUAAAAACAAAACAACCCAAACCUUUUUUUCACCAGACUGAAACUAGAAAAGUAAUUGAAUUUAAAGACUUUUUUUGGCAUUUCUAAUUCAGGGAGAAAAUUAGGUCGAAUGGUGUGUUGCUCCCAGCUAGUGUCAUCCUUCAGUUCACUGCUUAGAUUUAAAGAACAUCCCUCCCUUCACUUUCAUCACAGAAGCACCAUGUCAGAAGGGCCAACCCACACCUGGCUGAGCUUGGGGACAGCAGAGAGACAUCCAGCUGUGUGCCAUAAGGAGCCACUGUUGGGGAUGUUUCCUGUUGACACAGGGAUGUCACCACUGGUGUAAGAUGUUGGGAAGAUGUAAAACAUAAGACAGAUUGGCAAAGGUGUGGCCAAGGUGGACAUCUUAGUGCCAAACUAAGUAACCGACAGAGAGAGCUUCUCAUAGGUGAUGAAUUUAAUUAGAAUGAGCAUUGCAAAAGGAAUACAUGUGCCAUAGUAAACUAUGUAUGUAUGUGUCCAUUCGUGUAGGAGACAGAGGGAGAAAGGGGGUUUUAAAGAUGAAAUGAGUGUUUAAUGGUUGCAUAAGUUAUUGUUGGCUAUGGGGGGCAAUAGCAAGGGAGGCACCAAGCCAGGGUUAGACGGGCAGAUGCUGGGUAGAAGUUCUUACAGAAGUGUCUCUGGAGGGUGGCCAAGGCCUUGGUGCAGGGCUGUGGCUCUGGAAAGUCGCCUGUGAUUGUUCUUGUUACUCGGCAUACACACACGAGAUCCCCUCCUCUGUAAUGCCCCAGCAUUAUUUACUUAUUUUUGUUAGGGUUCGACACAAGUGACUCCAUCCUUAUCCUGGGAGCUUUCCCCCAAGGCAGGCUCUCCAUCCUCUCUAGUGGAAGGCAAAGAAGAGGCAGUUGUGAAGUUUGGGGAUUGCUAAUCCACCCUGCACCUAACAUAUUGUUUAAAAAGCAACAGCUCAUUUCCCUAAAGUAAGAGAUUAAUGAGGUCAAAGUCAAGGGCCAAUGAGAACUGAAGAAAAGGUAAAUUCCAGAUACUGAUUUCCUGGUGACUUAAAUGAGAUAGAAAGUUUUUCUUCAUUUACUGCCAAAUAUUCAUUGAAUGGCCACUAUGUGUUAGGCACUUGACUAGGUGCUGGGUAGGAGUAGAGAGUAGUUGAUGGCUACAUAUGGUGUCAUGUGUCAGUAAUCCCACCUGUUUGGGAGGCUGAGGCAGGGGGGUUGCAAGUUUGAGACAACUUAGCAAGACCCUGACUCAAAGUAAAAUUGUGGAUGUAGUUGAAUGGAAGAGUGCUUGCCUCACAUUUCUGAGGCUCUAGAUUUGAUCCCUAGCUUCCCCUUAAGCUUCCCCCCAAACCAUGUAUAUAGCUACGGACAAAAUAAUCAUAUAUUCUUGGAGCUAAGAGUCUAGUGAGCAGCAAGGACAAAGAUAUAAUAACUCAAAACAUAAUUACAAACUGUUUUAUAUACCAUGAAAGAAAAGCAUAGGUGCUAAUUGAGAGUAAGGUGGGGAAGCUCUUUUGAGCAGAUGAACUUUAAACCAGUGUCAAAAAUGACAGACAGCACAUUAACCAGGUGAAAAGCAGUGUGCAAUUCGUGGGGUGGGAAGAGCACCCUGGCUAAGGGAACAGGGUUGUGGAGAGACCUGGGGAUGAGAGAGAAUGAAACUGGCACAGGACACUGGACACUGGCAGCAGGCCAUUGUAGCUAGAGACCAGCAGGACAAUGGUGAGACUGGGCAAUCGGGAAGAUCAACCUGGGUUGCUAGGUACUUUAGAUUUUGUUUUAUUUUGUGGUCCCCCAUCCCACUUUUAAUUUUUUGAGACAGGUCUCCCUAAGUUGCACAGGCUUGAACUUGGUGAUCCUUCUGCCUCAGCCUUCCAGAGUGUUGGGAUGACAGGUGUGUACUACCACAUAUGGCUUACUAUUUAUUUUUGUGGUUCUGGGGAGCUAUUUUGAUUUUAGACUAAGGGUAAUAGGAGGCCAUUGAAGCAGUUGAAAGAGUAGUCUGGCUCUUAGGUGUAGAGUAUGUUGAGAAGGUCAGUAAUAGGUGAUUGAUUAUAGACGUCUAGGUGAGAGUCAGUGGUGGCUUGGAUAGGGUUAUGGGAAACAGGUGGUGAGGACUGGAUGGACUCCAAAUGUAUUCUGAAGGUAGAAGCCACAGUAUCUGUGAAUGCACUGGAUGUGGAGGAUGAGGAAGAGGGAGGUGUCAAGCACGACUCGGUAGAUGGGAGGAUAGAGAUGCCAUUUUCAGAAGUGGAGACUAUUGAGAGAGAAACAAAUUAUGGGGGAAAUAGUUAAGAGUUCUCUUUAAAUUAUGUGAAGCCUGAAACAUCCUGGUAGAGGGGGAAAGCGGGGCAGUCAAAUAAUAUAGAUCUGGUGCUCAGAAAGGAGCCUGGUUACGAACACUUUGUCUAUCAGUAGGUGACAUUUAAGGUCAUGGAAAUUGAUGGAUGACCGUGGUGAUGAAUGUAUGUGCAGUAUGAAGUAGUGAGAACUUAGUGUGGAGGAACCGCACCAUUUAGAGGCCAGGUAAUGGAGAAGGGAACUGCACAUCAUACUGAGGAAUGGGCAGAGACGUAACAACACCACCAAGAGUGUGGUGUCAUGUGGGCCAGCAUGAAGGCUUCUGUAGGUCAGGAAAGAUGCAGACCAUUGGUUCACUGGAUUGGGCAAUGUGGAGGUUGCCAAGGCCCUUUCUGAUAUCAGGGGCUUGUUUGUUUGUUGCAACGUUGAGCAUGCAAGCCAAACUGAAAUGGGUUGAAAAGUAGAUUUUAAAUUUCUGGCAGUAUGUGAUGCUAAGUAUCCUGGAAAAUCUUUGACUAUAAAUGAGCUGGAAGUACAUCUUUUAAAUGCACAGGUGAGUACCCAAGAAAGCAAAGGAAAUUUCUGGGGGCGGGGGGGAAGGAGGUAUCUUAAAGCCACAGAAUUUUAGUGGAUUCUGAACCUAUAAUUGUGCUAGAGGUAUUUGUUAGUCUUGGCAACUAAGAGACUUAAACUUAAUAACUGCCCCCAAAGAGAAAGUCCCUGGGACCUUAGAAGGUAGGGAGUUAGAACAGAGGAGCCCCUUUCUAUACAGCUGGAAUCCUCUGAAGUUCAAAUUGGAGGGAAAAGAUGGGAUAGGAAGAAUCUAUUACCUGGUAAAAGAUGACAGUCACCUUUCUUGACCUGGGCUCUGAGUGGGAAAACUUAGACUUCUCCUUAGAAUUGAAAACCAGUUUUAUCUUGCAUGUUUUGGGGGUUCAAAAUUGCACCACCAUGGUUUGGAUAAUCCCUGGAAUAAGAACUAAAUUAUAGUGCAGUUUGACAGGGUACAGGGGUGUCUGGUAGACACAAAGCAGACCCUCUUUGGAAGGUCACAUUUCCACACCAUGCAUCCCAAAGUUCACCGGAAGUGAGCUCAGGAUCCAUAAUUACAAGACACAAGAGGUCAUACUACCUUAAGGAGUUGGUGGAAGAUAACAAAGCAUACAACUAGAUUUUCAAGAACAUUGGGAAUCGGAAUUGUUGGUUAUAGAAUACUAAAUAGGUAUGUUUAAUAUAUUUAAAGAAAUGGCAGAAAAAAUAUGGAAGAAUGUCACCCAAAAGAAGAGAGAUUAUUUGAAAAGAACAAGAUAAGGGGUCCACUAAUAAAAAAUCUUAAGUAUUUAAAUAAAUGCUUCAGUGAUUCUUCAGCAGAUUGAAUACAGUGAAGAGGGUUCUGGGAGGUGGUCUGGGUCAUGGUGAGCAGCACAGGUGCAGAGAGGUCUGCUGGGAUCUGGAGGCCAGGGCGUGAGGACUGCGGCCCUUCCCACUGACGCAGGAAGCGGUGUGUCGGGUGGAGCCCGCGCACCGGGCAGCGGCGUGGCGGCUCUGGGACGGAUGUGCACUGCGUCGACGGGAGAGGACACGGGCGCCGCGGUGCGCAAGGCCCGCGCUUCAGGACUUCUCGGGGCGCUGGUGGGCGAGGCCUGGAGAACGGUGAGCGGAGGGCGGUGGUGUCCGCGAGCGCGUCGCAGUGACCUCGGCAGGGCGGAACACGCCGACCGCCCUCGUUUGCGGAGGCUGAGGCUCCUCCCGUCGCUGCCACGCCCUCUCGUGGCCGGGGGAAGGCUCGCGCGUGCGCGGUCCGUUCUGGACGCCGGCGGCGGCCAGCGCCAUGUUGGACGCCAGUGGCAGGCCGGCCAACGCUUGAGACUUCGGCGUGCAGCCCAGGGCCGCGGGAACCCGGUCCUCUUGCCCACCGGGCAUGAGCCGGGCGGCGGCCGCGGGGGUCCGCCUGCUCUAGGGAGGAUGCCGUUGGCGGCGGCCACCCCGGGAGCCCUGCUGCCGGAGCGCCUCGGCCUCUCGGCGGCCAUCAGCCUGGCCGCCCCCAGGGACGCUGACCCUGAGCUCACCCAGAGGCUCAUCGAGACCCUACAGCCUUUCGGGGUGUUCGAAGAGGAAGAGGAGCUGCAGCGCAGGACAUUAAUUUUGGAAAAGUUAAACAAUCUGGUGAAGGAAUGGAUACGAGAAAUCAGCGAAAGCAAGAACCUGCCCCAAGCUUUCAUUGAAAAUGUUGGGGGAAAACUUUUCACUUUCGGCUCUUACAGACUAGGAGUCCACACAAAAGGGGCCGAUAUCGAUGCGCUGUGUGUUGCCCCGAGCCAUGUUGAUCGGAGCGAGUUUUUCACCUCAUUUUACGGGAAAUUGAAACUACAGGAGGAAGUCAAAGAUUUAAGGGCAGUUGAAGAGGCAUUUGUACCAGUUAUCAAACUGUGCUUUGCUGGGAUAGAGAUUGAUAUUUUGUUUGCAAGGUUAGCAUUGCAGACUAUUCCAGAAGAUUUGGAUCUAAGAGAUGACAGUCUGCUUAAAAAUUUAGAUAUUAGAUGCAUAAGAAGUCUUAACGGUUGCCGAGUAACUGAUGAAAUUUUACAUCUAGUACCAAACAUUGACAACUUCAGGUUAACUCUGAGAGCCAUCAAAUUGUGGGCUAAAUGCCACAAUAUCUACUCCAAUAUAUUAGGUUUCCUCGGAGGUGUUUCCUGGGCCAUGCUAGUAGCAAGAACUUGCCAGCUUUAUCCAAAUGCAGUAGCAUCAACUCUUGUACAUAAAUUUUUCUUGGUGUUUUCUGAAUGGGAAUGGCCAAAUCCAGUGUUACUGAAAGAGCCUGAAGAACGGACUCUUAAUUUGCCUGUGUGGGACCCAAGGGUAAAUCCCAGUGAUCGCUACCAUCUUAUGCCUAUAAUUACACCAGCAUAUCCACAGCAGAACUCUACUUACAACGUGUCUGUUUCAACUAGGAUGGUCAUGAUUGAGGAGUUUAAGCAGGGGCUUGCUAUCACACAUGAAAUUUUGCUGAAUAAGGCAGAGUGGUCCAAACUCUUUGACGCUCCAAGCUUUUUUAAGAAGUACAAGCAUUAUAUUAUACUUCUGGCAAGUGCACCAACAGAAAAACGACAUCUAGAAUGGGUGGGCUUGGUGGAAUCAAAGAUCCGAAUCCUGAUUGGGAGCUUGGAGAAAAAUGAAUUUAUUACACUGGCACAUGUAAAUCCCCAGUCAUUUCCAGCACCCAAAGAAAAUCUGGACAAGGAAGAAUUUAGCACAAUAUACACUUUAUAGGCAAGCAGUACAUAGUAAGAUGUAUGAGGUGGACAUGAAAAUUGCUGCAAUGCAUUUAAGGAAAAAGGAACUUCAUCAGCUACUUCCUGAUCAUGUUCUUCAGAAAAAGAAAACACACUCAGAAGGUGUAAGGUUGACGGCUGUGGAUGACGGCAGCUUCUGCUUGUCUGUAGAAA